AUGUCUGUCUCCGGCCGAUCCAACUUCGGACUUCCCUCCACCCCUCGCGCACGAUCCUUCGCGGCGGGACCCACUAGACAAGACAUUCCCUCCCGUCCCCAGAGUUCUGCGAGCGAUCGGCGUCUCCCUCCGUCUAGCUACAAUGCGCCACCGCCUUUGCCUAGCGACCCCCGUGUAAUUCGCCCACAGAGAUCGUAUACAAACCUACCUUCGGCCCCGUCUGGCAGCAUUCGCUCUCGCUCACUCGAUCGCAGUGCCGGGCCCCGUCAUGCUCCUUCACGGUCUGAUCCUCCACCCCCGCUUCCAGGCCUUCCCGCUUCCCGCAGGCUUCUCCGUGCGCCAACCCAAAGCCGGGGCAAUGGAGGCCUUCACGCUCCUACGCGAUCGGUCGAUAACUAUGGCUAUCGCAGGAGCGAUGAUGUAAUGUCAGACUCAGCUUCAUCGUCCGGCGGCUCUGGGACAUUCUCGCCGCUGAGCGCAGCAUCAUCCAGGACAAGCAUGGACGAGGGGGAGAUGCUGGACGAGAAGGACAAGCACACGCCAGCGGGACACGGGUCGUCGCUCUGGUCGAGCAUCACGGGCGCGGCGAGCAACCUGACGAUCAGCGUCAGCAAGGCGCUGUCCGCGAAUGUUGCAGCUUAUAGCGGCGAAGUCACGCCUGUGGGAGGAGAGAGUCGUCUUACGCGUGCAAUGAAAGCAUAUCAUAUCGAGAAGGCCCGCGACCCAGCAGACCUUCCUGAAUGGCUCUUCGACGAACGCGAGCGGGGCGUUCGCGGCCAUCAAACAUCUCCGAAACCCCGUUCGCAGGAGCAGGAAGCACCCCCUUCCGAACCCACCUCGCUCUCCCGCUCGAUGACAACGGCGCGCCGCGAAGAGAUGCCAAUGCCGCCUCGGAUCGCCCGUGGCCCCACUCUGGCGGACCGCCGGGCGAACGAGAACAACGCAGGGAGCGAAGAGCACGUCACGAAGUCGAUGGCCCGCCUGCGAGCACUGCGCGAUGCGAAGCGCAACGCGAAAGUUCGCUUCGGCGGCGAAGACGAAGAGGAUUCGCAGCCUGCGCCUCCUCCUGCGCCGGAGCGUCCGGAGCGCUCUGCAGCUCGUCCUGUUGCUCCCUCGUAUGGCGCUUCCGCGCCGAUCCCGCCGCCUGCCAGGUACGCCCCCGUAUCAAGGGAGGCCCCGGAGCGACCGAGGGGCAUGCCGGCGCCUCUUGGCGCGGGCGCCCCUCUCGGGGGUCGCGGGCGGCAACCGCGGCUGGGGUUGCCUUCGGGAGUGCGCCCGGUACGAGCGUAG